CUUGGUUUGUUGUGAUUGGCAGUGCUGGAGGUAAAUGAAGAGAAGCUACUCGGUGGGUCCGAUCAAAACAUGAUGUAUUCUUCUGAGUGAUCUGUCAGUUCAGCUCUGGUAAAACCAGCGAUGUCCGUCGUCAUCCAAACCCGCGGCGAGGCGGGUGGCGGCGUCGCGGCCCACCUGCAGUGCCCCCUCUGCGGCCACUUCUCCAAGAGCCACGCCCACCAGCUGACCCACAUGGCGGCGUCCCACCCGGCCUGCCUGGACGGCGUGGCGGUGGGUCGCCUCGGCAACAUCGUGAUGUACCAGAGCACGGCGCGGCUCUUCCACUGCGCCGACUGCUUCCACACCAGCCGCGACUUCACCAAGCUGUACAAGCACAUCAUCUCCAAACACUGCCUGGACCAGAGGGAGGGCGGCGGCGAGGAGAAGGCGGGGGAGGAUGGCGAGGAGGAGGAGGAGGCCGGGAAAGAUGAAAUAAAGGAGGAGGAAGUGGAGGUGAAAGCGGAGGGAGAUGAGAGUGUGCUGAUGUUUGACGGCGCCGGUUACAACUGUCUGAUCUGCGGCUGGAAGACGAAGCUGAAGGGUCUGGCCGUCAACCACGUGGUGAGGAAGCACGACAUCCCCAAAGCCUACGCCGCGCAGGCCGUGAGGCGGGACGCCGCUACCUUCAAACAGGCGCAGGGCGGUGGCGGGGCGGAGGAGGAGGAGGCGGCCGGGCUGAGCGGGGAGCUGAGCGGCGAGCUCCUGAAGGAGGAGAUGGAGGCCACGGCUAAAGUCGUGCGCUUCAUCUCAAACCGCUUCGUGUGUCUGAUCUGCGGCUGGAAGACCAAACUCAAAGGUUUCGCCAUCAGCCACGUGGUGCGCAGCCACGAUGUGGCUCGCCCCUACGGCUGCAAAGACUGCAGCCGCUCCUUCUUCCUGCCCAGCCGGCUGCAGCAGCACGUCAGCGCCGCCCACCGGCCCGGACGCUACGCCUGCCCCUUCUGCUGCUUCAGGUCGCACUUCCUGGGAGGCUUCAGGAGGCACUGCAGCCGCUGUAACGCCCGGGAGGAGGAGGGAGGGGGAAGGGUCGGGGGGGAGGAAGAGGAGAACGAGGAAGAGGAGGAGGAGAGGAGAGGGGCGAGGAAGAGGAGGAGGACAGUGAGGGUGCAGGAGGAAGACGAGGAGGAGGAAGAAGAGGAGGAGGGGAGAGUGGCGAGGAAAAGAUGGAGGACAGUGAAGGAGGAGGACUGAAAGUUGUUUACACGUUACUGAUGCUAAUGCUAAUGUGAUGCUAACAGUUAAAAGCUACGUCGACGUUUCUGUGUUCAAAACUCAAAACUGUGAGAAACAUUUUGUUCCACUUCAUGAUGAAUAAAAGUUUGUUUUUUAAAUAUAAA